ACUCCUCCUUCCUUGUACCACCUUCCACCUCCCACCUCUUUCUUUCCUCUCUUUCUUUACUUACUAAAUGAACGACAAGACAAUUCAUGUUUACAUGUAACUUUUUUGUUUGUUAGUAAAACACAUUCAGUUGAUUGUAUCACUCUGUACAUAUUUCGUUCAAUAUCUGUUUAUGUUUACAGUCUGUUCAAUAUACACAUUCUCACAUUUUAUCCUCCCCCUUAUCAUCAUCAUCUCUCUCUCUCUCUCUCUCUCUCUCUCUCUUGACUCAAUACAUUGUUGAUUUUAUUUUUGUUACGUUUAUAUUAUCUAUAACUGUACAUCAAUUCAAUAUCCACACACACUGUAUGUGUUUAAAUACAUUGUUGUUUUUUGUUGUUACUGAAUCCCUGAUGAUUAUUAAUCAACAACAAUUUACUUAAUCAACAUUGUUUGUAUGUAAAUUGUGUGAACCCAUUUUAACCUAAUCAAUUACAAUCAUGGUUACAAUCAACAAUUACAACGAUUAUCACAAUUAUCGCAAAGAAACAUCAAAAUGUUCAUCAUUUCAACCAAUCAAUUGAUUUAAAAGUUGAUUGUCUCGUGUCUCGUGUUUGUGUGAGUGUAUUUGUUUGUUUUUAUUUCUCAUACAAUUUAAUUUGCUUUGAGAUUUUACAAUUAGACAAAUUUAAUUGUUCAUGUGUGUUUUUAUUUGUUAAUCGAGAAUAACAAAACACAUUAUAUAAAUAUACCAAAGAAGAUCAAGAUUCAUUCAUUUCAACAACCAUUGAGUUUACUACAUUGAUCCAUUGAUAAAAAAAUAGUAAUUAACCUGUUCCAUUUUUUACCUUGAUUCUCACCACGAUUCUCAGAGUCGAUAAAAGUUCAAGUGAAAUGCCGAGACCCGGAAGGUCUACUUAUGGUGAUCAAAAGCCUCCCUAUUCAUAUAUAAGUUUAACCUUUAUGGCGAUACAAUCGUCGGGUGAGAAAAUGUUGACAUUAAGUGAUAUUUAUAAGUUUAUCAUGGAUCGAUUUCCAUAUUAUCGGAAAAACACUCAACGGUGGCAGAAUUCAUUGAGACACAAUCUCUCAUUUAACGAUUGUUUCAUUAAGAUUCCAAGGCGACCUGAUCGUCCAGGUAAAGGUUCAUAUUGGGCUUUACACCCAAGUUGCGGGGAUAUGUUUGAAAAUGGUUCAUUCCUACGUCGACGGAAACGCUUUAAGCUACCUAAAAGUAUUAAAGAAGCCGCAGCCAUGGCAAUGGCGGACAUGAAACAUUAUCAGAAUGCAAUAAACGCUGAGAAUGCAAAAUUAAAGUUAAACAAUAAUGGUGAUGGUGAUGUUGGUCCUGGUGGAAGUCGAGAUGCCGAUGGAGAUGGAGCUGGAAGUGGUAGCGGUGGAAGUCGUUCAAGUAUUAACCUUGGCUCACCAGGUUCCCCUGUAUCUUCACACCAUCAUAUUCACAAUCCACCAAUAAAACUUCACGGUCACCAUCAUAAUCAUCAUGUUGGUCAUCAUCCAACAGGUCACCAUCAUCAUCUUAAUCCACCUCCACCUCCAACUCAUCAUCAUCAUCAUCACCAUCAAGCAUCACAUUUACAUAAUUUACAUGCAGCCGCUGCUCACCAUCACGCUGCCCAUCACCUUUUCGGCCUGGGCUUCGGUGCUGCCGCUGCUGCAGCAGCCGCAGUUGCCGUUGCCGCUCAAGCGGCUGCAGUAGCCGCUGCAUCUUCAACAUCAUCAUCAACCCUUUCAACUUCAUCAUCUUUAUCCUCUACAUCAUCAACCUCACCCUUAUCCACAAGUUCACCUUCAUCAUCUUUAACCUCAUCAUCAUCAACCACAACAACAACAACAUCCACCGAUCUGAGUAGACUUCACCCUCACCACCACCCACUCUCCCUCUCCUCCCUACACUCACCUCUCUCUCACCAUCACCACCACCAUCAUCCUCUUCAUCAGUCACCAUUUGCAUCCUUAUUAUCCGCUGCUUCCUUAAAUCAUCAACAUAAAUCACCUUCCUCAUCAAACUCCCCAAUAAUCAAUACCAACAAUCAAACUAAUUCAACAACUUCCGGAACAUCAUUAACAACCAACAACAAGCAACCCUUUAGCAUUGAACAUUUAAUUGGACCAGAUAAAGUGAAAGAGAGACCCUCAUCUCCAACCUUAUCAUCCCCACCAUCAUCACCUCUCUCAUUAUCAAAAUGUGAUGAUGAUAAUCCUAAUGAUGAUAAUAUAACAAUUGAUUCACCAAAUGAUGACGAUAAAUCAACUAUUGUAAAGAUAAAAUCUAACGGUAAACACUCACUAUCCUCUUCAUCUUCAUCAUCAACAUCCUCAUCUCCAUCACAAUCACCUUUACCAUCUCAUCAUCAUCAUCAUCAUCAAUCCAAUCAACAACAUAGAUCCCAUCAUAAUCCCACCAACACAAUUACAAACAGUCCAUCGUCACUGCCUUCACCUUUAUCAUCUCUCUCAACCUCAUCAUUAGCCACCUCUGUUUCCCAUGACACCCUAGUGGCCGCAGCUCAUCAAAACGCUGUUGCAUUUCAAGCUGCCCUUCAUCAGGCCGCAGCGGCUGGACUCGCUUUCCGCCCCAGAUUACCUGCUUUUCCAGAUUUCCCACCAUCAUCAAUCAAUUCACUUCCCUGCACUUUCAACAGGGUGAAUAAUUCUGGUUCCAAUAAUGAUGAUGGUGCGAUUGUCAAUGUUGGAUCUAAGUUCAGAUUCUGGUUGGGAGUUAAAGAGUAACUGUAGAUUCGUAAGUGUUUUUUGAUUGCCUGGACUAAUCAGCAAAAUUGGUCGUCAAUUAAUUAUCAAAAAUAUCGAUAAUUUCAACUAUCAACUUAAGGAUUAACAACAAUUACAACAGCAACAAUUAAACACGAUGAUGAUAAUCAAUCACAUAUAUACAUACGUAUAUGAAUAUCUGAUAAGUAUAUAUAAAUAUUAUAUAUAAAAUAGUUGGGACAAUUAACUAAUCAAAUUUGUAAAAUAUAAAAACCACCAAAAGCUUAAUUAAUCAACCCCAUUCAUCAAUAAUGAUAAUCAUAUAUACACACAGACAACAAUCAAUUAAUUGUGUGUUCCCUUUGGAUUAAUAUAAUAAAACAUUUUGCCAACCAUUAAAGAAAAUUAAAUUUGAUUCAACAACAACAAUUUAGUGUUCUA